CGCAACACCAUUUCUGAAAAGUCUACCCUUAACACUCCAACACUUGAUCGUAUAUUGUCUAAAGUUGCAAUAGCUGAACAAUACAACCUAGAUACCGUUAAUAAUAAUAAUGCCAAGCAUAUUGAACCAGAAACAAUGCCAAUAUCUCCUGUACGAUAUGGUGGUCGACAUAAUCGUCGGUAUAACCGUGAUAUGCGACGUCUUUUAAGAAGACAACGACGUAUGAUGAGACAACAACGCAAAAUGUAUCGUCGAGGUUAUGGACCUUUCUAUAGGAAUCGUUUAUAA